AUGACGACCGUUGUUCUGACAUUAGAAGAAGAUCUUGCGCUCUCCGUUGUUCGAUUCACGGCUGAGAAGUCAUGGGCUGACGCUGGCGCCGANCGUUGUUCUGACAUUAGAAGAAGAUCUUGCGCUCUCCGUUUGGAGCCACAAGUAACUAGAUUAUGCCUGGAGGCGCAGGAAUCCAUUCUAGCAGGCAAAUGGCUGGAAUUGGCCUCACUAAUGCUUACUUCAGCAGAAUUGGUAUUUUCUAAGGAGUCCGAAAAAUAUCUUGAGUGCAUCUUUACUGUUAUUUGCAAUCUUGUCAAGAAACCUGAAAGUCUGGAUGAAGCACAUGAGAUGGCAGAGCUUAUAUCCACAAAAAUCGCCCAACAACCAAGCGAUAAGCCUGCUCUGCGCUUGAAGAUCCUGUUCAACCUCUACAAUCUGUUGGAGAAUCCAUACAGCCGUUUCUUUGUUUACAUGACGACCUUGAAUUUGGCAGUCAAUGGAAAGAUGGAUAGUUUCUUGAGGGAAUGGAAUGUUGGGAUCAAGGACCAGAGAGAACUCUUUCUUACUAUCUCAAAUGUUUUGACGGAAAAUAAAAGCUCGGCAAAGGAUGCUUUCAAAUUUCUGACCAAGUAUCUGGCAACUUUUUCUGGUGAAGAUGCAUAUACAAUGGGCGAAGCGAAGGAAGAAGCUGUACGCACUAUUAUUGAAUUUGUUAAGGCACCUGACAUGUUUCAGUGUGAUUUGCUGGAUAUGCCCGCUGUGGCACAAUUGGAAAAAGAUGCUAAAUAUGCAUUGGCGGCAAAUUCUACUUUACUUAAAAGCUAUGGUCUUGUCCAUGAAGAUUGUAUAGCAAAGAUGAGGUUGAUGUCAUUGGUGGAUCUUGGCUCUGAUGAAUCAGGCCAAAUUCCUUAUGCUCUAAUUAAGGACACUCUCCGGAUUAAUGAUGAUGAGGUGGAGUCAUGGGUAGUUAAGGCAAUUGCAGCAAAGCUAAUCGACUGUAAGAUUGAUCAUAUGAAUCAAGUUGUAAUUGUGAGCCACUGUGUUGAGCGCGUGUUUGGUCUGCAUCAGUGGCAAACUUUCCGAACAAAGUUAGCAACAUGGAGGGCUAACAUGUCAAAUGUAAUUAGUACCAUUCAAGCUAACAAGGUGACUGAAGAUGGGACUGGGGCAAUGUAA